GGGGGUGGGGGGAGAAGGCUUCUCCGAGCACAUGGCAAGCGCCUGGGGGGGGAAUCCCCUCCAAAAAAAGGGCUUUGGCGCGGCUGCCGCUCCCCGGCUGGGAGUAUCCAGCCCUGAGCUGGCUGAGCUACGCAGCUGCUCAGCCUCUCUCCUUGCGUCACGAGCUGCAAUAACCGUUUCUUGCCUGACGUGGGAGAUCAGCUCGAGAAACUCACUGUCGUUGCGUCCCCUCGUUCCGUCGGCGGGGCGAGGCGCCGCGGUUGCCCACCCCCAAAAAAAAAAAAAAAAGAAAAGCAGGAGGGAGUCCUCCUGGCAGGCUCUUGGGGUCCUGGUGUCACGGCCACCGAGCCCGCGCUGGGUCGGUGCCUGCUCGGCCAACCGAGGGAAACGGGACACGGCGCGAUGGGCGAGCGGCGGCCGGUGGGCGCAGGGACCGGCUGGUUGACAGCGAAUGGAGGGGUUCAGCUGCCGGGUGCCAGGUCGCCCAAGCAUGGCCACCCAGAUGUUCGAGGGGCGAGGGCACGCGGCUGUCUACCAGAAAUACAGGUUUGCGCCGGGCGAAGAGCUGCAGCGCACCAUCCUCGCCUACCUGCAGGAAAAGAGGGCAAACCCGGCGGAGCUGGUGGUAGAUGUCGGCUGCGGGUCUGGGCAAGGCACCCGCUUCCUGGCGGAGCACUUCAGGAAGGUGGUGGGAACGGACAUCAGCGAAGCCCAGAUCCAGGAGGCCAGGGACACCCCCUCCCUGCCCAACGUCUCCUACCUUGUGUGCCCUGCGGAGGAGCUGCCCUUCGAGGGUGCCUCGGUGGACCUCCUGACUUCAUUUACGGCCGCACACUGGUUUGAUAUCGAGAAGUUCAUGAGAGAAGCCAACCGGGUGGUUAAGCCGGGCGGUUGCGUGGUCAUCAGCACCUACACCGUGGACAUGAGCCUGCGCUACGGGAGCUGCUCUGAAAAGCUGACCGAAGUCUUCAGAGAGACCUGGGACCUGCUUUUAAAAUACUCGCAUAAUAGACUAAAACUUGUCUUGGAAGACUACAAAGAGAUCUUUGAGGCCUUGCCGUUUCCAGACAAAAAGAGAAUCACUGAUAUCUUUGACAAAAUUCCCAUGACGAUUGCUGGUGUGAUUGGUUACUUGGAGUCUGCCUCUCCGUAUCAAGCCUUUUUGAAGAAUGACCCCAAAGCUGCAAAAUCCCUUCUCGAAGAGACUGAAAAGAGGAUGUUGGAGACGAUGGGAGUUUCUUCUCGGGAAACCCCGGUGGAGUUCUGGGUGAGGCACGUCUGUGUGCUGGGGUGCAAGGGACAGUGAGGAAACCCUUCCCCUGACCUGGUGUUGGAAGGGAAGGGAAAAGUGGGUUGCCUUCUAAUACCCUGCUUGUAACCACUCUCAUUUCUUGGGGAGAUUGAUGCUUAUUUCAGUAAUUAAAAUUUUGAUUUAUGGAAAGCA